GACGCUUCUCAGAUAUUCCGAGGACGUCCCGAGUACUCGAUCGAUACAUCUCGUGGGAAUCUAGCGCCUAGUCAGACUCGAUCGCCGUCCGAGGAGCCGCCGGGAUAAUGGGUAAGGUCGUCGCAUGGGGCAUCCUGGUUCUGGUCGUCGGCGUGUCGGCGGCCCUCCGAGAGGACCUUCCCUCGGAGAGGGCGAGACAGGUCCCGAGCCCCAGGGUCCGGGCUCUUGAUUCCUCCUCGGAGAGGAUCACCGUUCGCCGGAAUCAGGACGGAGCCCACCCCGAGAGGGCAUCCGGUCCGGACGGCAAGGUCGAGAACGUUGUACUGGAGAACUCGAUGCCCGGAAUCACCGCCUACGGAUUGCCGAAGAGACGAUUGCAAACUAACGGCGUCAUCCAGAGAACGCGUCUUCGAGGCUCUCCCUUGCGUUCCACGGAAGAGCUCCUUCCGGUCGGGACGAGGAGCGUCAGGUCCAUUCGUGACUCGGUCGAUCUUCGGGCCGAAGAGGCCAAGGUCUUCAGGCCGCUCUUCGUCUAUAGGCAACAAGUCGCCGAUCGGCACAGAGUGGGUCGCGGGAAAAAACCGAUUUACGGGGCCAAAAGACCCGCACCGUGUCCUCGUCCACGCUUCUGGUCCACGUAUAGAGUUUAACCGGAGAAGCAUCCAACGACGAGGUCGUGCCAAACGAACGUAUUUCGGAGAAUCAAGUGAUUUCUCGCUCUUGCCAGAAAGUAUUAUUUACGGGAAUAGACUGUCCCAAUCGUUUUUCUAACGUCUUGUAUUUUUUUAUUAAACUCCCCAGGUUGAACGAGAGUAACCGUAGAUCAAUUGCCCAAACUCGUUAGGAAUAAUGUAUGCAACAAGAAGUUGUUAUUAAAAUCAAAUGUAAAUACAA